AUGUGUGCAAACUUCAUAAGGCCAUCUACGGUCUCAAGUAGGCUCCACGGGCAUGGUUUCAACGUUUUAGUUCUUGUACGGUUUGGUUUCUGUCAAAGUCGGGUUGACAACUCCAUGUUUGUUUAUCCGGAUAAUUCUCGUGUUUUGAUUUUAUUAUUGUAUGUGGAUGAUAUUAUUCUUACCUAUAGUGAUCCUUCUCAUAUUCACACCUUUAUUCGCACACUGGGAGCAGAAUUUGACAUCAAAGAUUUGGGGCGUUUGCAUUAUUUUCUUGGCGUGGAGGUUACUUAUCACACGGAUUCUCUUCAUCUUACUCAGAACAAAUAUACAGUUGAUUUCCUCAAACGCAUCAAUCUCUUGGAUUGUAAACCUGUUUCCACACCAAUGGCUUCGAAAGGUACACUUUCUCGUACUGAUGGUACAAAACUUGCCGAUCCUACUCUUUAUCGACACAUUGUUGGUGCCCUCCAAUACCUUACCAUGACCCGUCGCGAUAUCUCAUUUGUGGUUCAACAUGUCGCUCAGUUUAUGGGAUCUCUCGGUGAUGUUCAUUUUGAAUAUGUUAAGUGCAUAUUACGUUAUCUCAAAGGCACUCUUGGUUUUGGUCUUCCUAUUCAUCGGUCUCCUGAUUGUUCCUUCUUAAUUGCCUAUUCCAAUGCUGAUUGA